UGUAUAUUCCGGACAUAUCUAAUUGUUGCACAAGUUGUCCGCCCGGCUAUCUGAUUCUUUUGUAGGAAGUGUCGCUCACCCUUUGGUUGCUCGCCUAAAACGAGAAUACCGGGUUAAGAGGCAGGGGUUUACCAGACGCAAAAAGUGAGUGAAAAAGCCAUGGCUGGACCUGUCAGUCUGGAGUUGGAUCCCAUCUUCCUGAAGGGACUGAGUUACCUGCACUCCAAGAGUAAAGACUCAGCCGAGAAACUUAAAGCUUUACUGGAUGAGUCACUUUCAAGAGGAAGCGACUCAUCUUACCGUUCAUUACAAAAAGAUGUAGAGGUUUCCAAGGGAUCUGUGUCAAAGCUGAGUUUAAGUAAGCAGGACUCCAAAUCCUCCUCAAGUUCCUCAUCAUCCAGCAGCAGCAGCAGUAGCAAAGCCACCUCGGAAAAGAGUAAGAAAGAGGCAGAGAAAAGACCAUCUGAGAAGGUCAGGGUGGACUUGGCUGAGGUGGACCCUCCGAAAAAGCCUCGUUUGGACAAACAGGAGAAUCGUUCCUCUCCAAUCACCGUUCAGACUAGCAAAGACCUUCUGCCAAACAUAAACGACUAUGAUGAGACCAAUGCCGAUGAUUUCGCCAUGGAAAUGGGCCUGGCUUGUGUUGUUUGCAGACAAAUGACAGUGACCAUGGGAAACCAGUUGGUUGAAUGCCAGGAGUGCCAUAAUCUGUACCACCAGGACUGUCACAAGCCCCAAGUGACAGACAAAGAAGUAAAUGAUCCACGGCUUGUGUGGUAUUGUGCCCGCUGCACCAGGCAAAUGAAACGUAUGGCUCAGAAACCCCCACAGAAACCAUCCCCUUCCUCAUCAUCAGCACCUGUUGUAAAAGACACACUGGUGAAAAAGACAGAACUUAAAGCCAAACCUGACACAGCCAGCACCUUCCAGGCCUUCAAGAGAACAGAAGUGAAGGCAUCCACAACAUCAGCCAAUCCCACCAGCAGCAGCUCUUCCUCCUCAGGCAGUGGUCUCACAGGCUGGGCUGCGUUUGGUGCCAAGACGAGCUCCUCUCUUCCAGCCAGCUCCAAACUAGGCUCCUCAGGCCCAAGUGGGAGCCAUAAGAACUUGACGACCCCCUCUGGCCAGAAGCCCGUUGGCCUGUCUGGGUUAGCAGGAGCCAAGUCAGGAAUUGGGAGUGCAAAGAUACCCGGGAGCGGCAACGGAAAUGGCUCUAGCCAGGUGCCUCUGAAACCUCCCCCACCCCUGACUCUGGGUAAGCAGCCGCUGAACCGUUCAUCAAGCGCUGAAAGCCAAGGCAAAGGGUCUGCCUCAUCAGGAGCUGGCUCCCCGAGCGGCUCCCAGGCAAGUGCAGGAGGGAACGGAGGCAAUAACGGAGGAGGCAACGGGAACAAUGGAAAUGGGUCAAAGACUGUACCAGGGGACAAAGCACCAACAUCUCAGGAGUCCCAGCUUAAUGCCAUGAAACGAUUACAACUGGUGAAGAAGAAAGCAGCGCAGAAGAAACUGAAAAAAUGAGAAAGAUGAAACAAAAGCUUUGGGUGAGGGGGGGCUGGAGGAAUAGAAAAUAAAUGGUUAAGCAAUGUGGAAUUAGAGUCAGAGCAUUAUGUUUGUACUACAGGAGCAUCUGUACAAAAGUAACACCAUCCAGUUAAAUACUUGAAUCUCACUUCAUGUAAAUGCUGCUGGACACUGUGCCUCAUUCUGUCCUAACAAAUCUACCCGGUGACAAAGUGACUUUUUAUCAACAAAUGUCAUUAAAUCUCUUCUUAUAAACUGGCA